AUGCAUCCCAAGCUUUUCGCAGCCUCUCUUCUUGGCCUUGGCGCAGCUGCCAUUCCUCUCGAAGGGGUCAUGGAGAAACGCAGCUGUCCCGCCAUCCACGUCUUCGGUGCCCGUGAAACAACGGCCUCUCCAGGCUAUGGCUCCUCCAGCACCGUCGUUAAUGGCGUUCUCAGUGCCUAUCCGGGAUCUACCGCCGAGGCAAUUAACUACCCAGCAUGCGGUGGUCAAUCCUCAUGCGGGGGCGCCAGCUAUUCCAGCUCGGUCGCUCAGGGCAUUGCCGCUGUGGCAUCCGCUGUGAACUCGUUCAACUCGCAGUGCCCGAGCACCAAGAUAGUGCUGGUCGGAUACUCUCAGGGUGGCGAGAUCAUGGAUGUUGCCCUGUGCGGCGGCGGUGAUCCUAACCAGGGAUACACCAACACCGCUGUACAGCUUUCCUCAUCCGCUGUCAACAUGGUCAAGGCUGCCAUUUUCAUGGGCGACCCCAUGUUCCGAGCCGGACUUUCGUAUGACGUUGGAACUUGCGGGGCUGGCGGUUUUGACCAACGUCCAGCUGGCUUUUCUUGCCCUUCGGCUAGUAAGAUCAAGUCCUACUGCGAUGCUUCAGAUCCGUACUGCUGCAACGGUAGCAAUGCGGCGACUCACCAGGGUUAUGGAUCUGAGUAUGGUUCUCAGGCAUUGGCUUUCGUCAAGAGCAAGUUGGGUUAA